GUAACCUCAAUAUUUAUGUAGUCAGAGCUGUGUAUCAUAACCUAUCGUGUUAUUUCUUCUUGGUGUUGUAUGUCAUAAAUAGAUACUUUAAUAAUCCAUAUUUCACGAAUGUUUUAGAUUUUUUUGUAAUUUUGUGAAAAGACAUUGGAUCAGUAUUUAAAAUGGAUGAGCUAGGUGAGCCUAUGGAGGUGGAAAUAGUCCCAGUUACUGAUGAUGUAAAGAAUGUUGAUUCUGAGCAGACCGAUGUAAAACCAUUUAAUUCAAACAAUAUGCAAGUACCAGAGAUACAGUUAGAUAGUCGUUAUGAAAAUCGUGGUGGUACUUUUAUGACUGGUAUAGAUAUAUUCAGUAAAGAAGAAAAAUUAAAAAUGGAAGAGAGAGCCAAACGCUUUGGGCUAACAGAAAAAUUAAAAAUUAAUUUAUCAAACCAAGAGCAAGAUUUAUAUUCUAGUAUGGGCAUUGUGGAAGAUAGUGAAAAUACAAAAAAUAUCAGACUGAAUGUAAUACAUAUGAGAGGAACAGAAGAGAUGAGUACCAAAGACGUUUUUAAAUAUUUUGAAGAUUAUGCCCCAGCGUCUAUUGAAUGGAUCAAUGAUGUUUCAUGUAAUGUUGUCUGGUUAGACAAUGUGUCAGCAGCUAGAGCUAUGUUGGGAUUAUCAAAAAAAAUAGUGGGUUUAGAAAAGCAGAGAACUACAAAGUCACUUGAUGAUAAUCCUGAUGAAGAAAACAAUGUAACCAAUAAUGACUGUACUGUUGAAAUGGAUGAAGAUAAUGAAAUCACAAAGGAAACAGAUGAAGAUUAUAUAAAUAUCAAGGAUAUUAAUUGCCCAUUACCUCCUGGUUUGUGGAGGAAGGGGAUAGAUUAUCCUAAAUCUAAAGCAAUAUUCCUUAGAUUUGCUACUAGAGCUGAUAAAAAGCAACCUAAUGCAGAGAAAAUGAGCGAAUAUUAUAAAAAAUAUGGAAAUCCAAAUUUUGGAGGUAUUAAAGGAAUUUUGACCGAGUCUCGAAAACGAAUGUAUAAACAAAUUAGACAAAAUAAAAGAAAAUUCAAAGAAGAAUCGCAAGAUGAUGUUAAAGAUAGAAAACACGCAAAGAACCCUUGGGGUGCAUUGUCAGAAAGUUGGGGACUCAAUGAUGCUAUAGAAAGUGAGUUUGGCACUAAAAACGAACCUAAAGAUCACGGGCGUAGUGUGAAGGAAAGAUUAGGGAUAAAAUAUCCUCCAAAGGAAACUACGUAUACUGAAGAACAACAGAAUAGUUCGAGCAGUGAUAGUGAAGACGAAUGGUGUAAAAGAAGUAAAGUGUUACGGAUGCGAAUGCAUGCAGACGAUGAAGAAGAAAAAAUACAUAAACGACGCGCGAAACUUCGACAAACGAUGUUAAACAACCUAACUAGAGGUAAUGAUUUACGAUCCAGACUCGGCAUAUCGAGGAAAGGAACGCAGUUCCGUGACGCAAUUCAAGUAGUUGUAACAAAUACAAGUGCAACGAACUCAAAUUCAUUAAAGCUUAACGAUUCAGAGUUUGAGUUUUAUGUUUUACAGGAGGAAGAUGGUGAAAUAAUCGAAGAUAAUGAAAGCCAGGAAAAGGAAGAGGGUGAAUGGCAAGCGUCUGAUGAAGAGGAACGAGAAGAGGAAGACGAAGAUGAAGACUACAGCGAUGAGGAUAGUGACAAACCAGCGAAAGAAGUUCAAGGACCUAAGGGCAGUGUGAUAAAAGUAGUUCAACAUAAACCUCGUGUUGCUUCCACAGUGUGGGCGAGGUUAAACAAUGUAAAAAGCGAGGUCAUUGAUAAUUCUAUCAAGGAUAGGCAAUCAAGAAUACGAGACCUCAGGAGUACAUUAAAAGGCGAUCUUCGAUCUCGAAUCGGAAAUCAUACAAGAGGUCGCUCUCCUUUAAGGAUAGAAGUAAAAAAUGACAAAUAUGCAGAAGGUAGUGAAACAGAAUAAUGGUCAAAUGAAUUGUCAUAAAAAUGUGAAAUGUUUUUGCUGUUUUGCGAUUGUGCUGUUAGGCUUCAGGGAAAGAGUAUAACAUGGUGCAAAUUUGAUAAUUGAUAAAUAAAAGAAUCGAAAACGCGCUCAUUACACCGAAUCUGUUACAAUUUUAUUUAACUUAUAUAAAAAUUGAAUUUUUAUUACGAACAUAUUCGUUUAUAGAAGACUUCAUUUAUAUAUAGUCGAAUCAUGGGAUAAUAAUAGAUUCGAAAUAAUAUAUAUUUUUAAUCUUAAUUGGCUAUAUCUUGCAUUGCCAGAAAAGCUCAGGCAUCUGAAAAUGUAAGAGUUUAAACUUUUAUGUUUAAGUACAAAUGUUCUGAGAGAAUAUAUGCUAUAUAGAUAUUUAUAAGUAUAAAAUCUCCCAUAUUUUUUACUCAUAUUACUCAAUUAUAAAUAUGAACAUUGAUCUUUUAAUACGAUUAAUGUUAGCAUUUUGUACAUGUUGAUAAUGUAGUAUCAUCUUCCUAUUCUUAAAAUGAGACAAAAUACACAUGAACGGGUAAUGGGUGCUUCCUGAAUUGUAUAUAAAUAUUAUCUAGUAUAGAUAAUAAAAAACAGUUUUUUCAUUAACACAAUCAGUACUCAGAAAAAUAGAACGUAUUUUUAAAUAUUCGUUUGUACAAUUGAGACUUUUGUAUUUUGUAAUUAUAAUUGGAAAGGAAAAAAAUAUUUUCGGAUACUUCAUAAUUAAGAGAAAAAUAAAUUUAUACCUUAUUGUACAAAAAAGAAAAUUCUGCAAACGAAUAUUUAAUAAAUUGUACAUCGAAACGAUGUAGGGUGAUGUUUUACAAUUCUUUUUAUUUUGAAACUUCGGUAGUUAUGAAUUAAAAAAGUCAGUGACAAAUGAAGGAAAAUACUCAAUACGGUUGUAAAUAAAAAUAAAAUUGUACGAGAUUAAUAUUGUAUACACGCAGAGCAUUUAAAAUAUGUAUUUUCCUUACAUAUAUGUUAUAAUUAAUGAAAUAUUUCGAGGUCUGUGAUUUUUUAGAUGUGAACAUUAAAGGAAAAGAAAAUGCAAUUUCGAUAACGAUAGUUGACCAGAAUGGCCCUUAUCUGCAAUUUUUUCACAUAUUCAACAAGAUGUAAAAAAACAUAAAAAAUAAACAAAAUGAUAUAAAUAUUCUAUUUGAGUUUGGAAGAAAUAGGGAUAAGAAUAAUUGUGACAUCGAUUCCGAAUAAUUGACCAAUAAAGCCGCCUUUAUAUUAGCACAAUAAUACUUUGAAUAGUCAUUUUAAAAUACAAUAAUCGAUAAUUAUGGUUUCAGUACAUAUAUAUUUAUCAUUUACACAAAUAACAAUUAUUCGGAGAAAUAUUCG